AUGAAAUCCCCCGUCGUGAUCCUCACCACCCUCCUUCCCCUGACUUCGUCGGUCGCCUUUGCCAAGCCGGUUGCGGCUGCAUCCGACGACUUCUCUCUGGAGGAAAGGGGCAGAGGUGAAAACUGGGACAACGGAAACAACCACUGGGGAGGCGACCAUGAUCACCAUGAGAAUUGGUGCAAGGUGAAGAAACCUUACUGGUACCACAAGUAUCCUUGUGAUCAGAGUGGAAUUGUCGGCAAGUCGAGCGUCGGCGACAACUUUGCGCCUGUCUGCAAGUACCAGAACUGGUACAAGAAUUCCAAGGGCUGGUGGGUUAAGGACGAAUUCAAGCCCCCCCGCUGCGUUGUGAACGUGGGAAAAUGUCCUUGA